GCGAUUUCUUCCACUCUCUUCCAUUUGCGCCAGAUACCUCUUCCGAGUGACGAUACACGUGAGAGGCGAUCAUUAUGGACAAACCAGUCGUUUUGGCGCGCGUCAUUAAGGUCUUGGGUCGCACCGGCUCGCAGGGGCAGUGUACCCAGGUGAAGGUGGAGUUCCUGGGCGAACAAAAUCGACAGAUUAUCAGGAACGUGAAGGGACCGGUACGAGAGGGUGAUCUCCUAACCUUACUCGAAUCCGAGCGUGAGGCGAGAAGGCUUCGAUAGUGUUUUAUUAAUACCGAAGAAAAAAAACGGUCGCCAGCAUUCAGUACUUCUCAUCGGACCACUUUACCAGCUAUGCAUUUCCCAAACGUGGAUCCCUCGCACCAUGGAUCGUAAAUCAUCGACCGUCGACAAUAGGCACCUCUGCCACGUGCAUUCCUAGAAGAAUGCUGCCCACUGCGAAUCGUAAGUCGUGAAUCAUGGAUCAUCGAUCGUCGGCAUUGGGUACCCUUGCUUUUCAAGAGGAUGCUACUAACUGCGGAUCGUGGAUCAUGGAUCAUGGAUCAUGGAUCGUGGAUCGUGAAACGUGGAUCAUCGAUCGUCGGCAUUGGGCGCACUCCUAUUACGUGCUUUAUGAGGAUGCUGUCAAAUGUGGAUCACAUUUUUGCAAACUGAGAGCUUGGGAUCAUUUUGGAAACAUUCCUGACACUUGACAACUUUCCGACUUUUGCAAUAAAUCUGCUGGUAACCAUAA